AUGAAGGCUGUGCUUCUGUUUGUGUUUCUUCUCUUUCUCCAGAAUUCGUCACAGAACUUCAGCGAACUUGAAACAUAUUCUUCACGCGACCUGAAGAGCACAGAGCCAAUGAUGAUAUUUAUAUACUACGACAGCCCAGGAAGCAGCUGUCUUGCGUGCGAGUCGUACAAAAAGUGGCUGGGAUCUUUCAGCGGCGGAACAGUUGGGGUUUUCAAAAUAAAAACAAUCAACUUCAACAUAGAUCCCCUUCUUGCCCUGAGGUUCAAGGCAACAAGCUUUCCCACGUUCUUCCUGCAGCACAGGAACAGGUUCAAGAACAUCACUGCAGUGGACAUUUUCGACUACAACAUAUCGUACGACAAAAAGUACGAAAAUGACAUAGAUGCAAUCCUCAAGAAUCCGAAGAUAUUGGACAACGUAGAGACAAGGGAGGGAAUAUACGCCCCGUCGUCUAAGCUUCUUCUGGUGUAUGCAUACUGUUUCACCUGGGCAAUGAUUACGAUAAGCAUUCUGGACAGAAUCGCAGAGGCUGUUCCGCUGAGUGUAAUAAUGUUCGGGCUGUGUAUUAUAGCAAUAGUGUCAUUUUUCAUCAAGAGAAAACAUCAUGAUGGCAAAGUAAAGAAAGAGUAA